ACCCUCACCCCAGCAUUCAUCUGUCUUGGUGAGAGAGGAGAAGUAACAAAAGGCGUGGGUCCCAUGGAUUCAAAACAGCCGCUUAGUAGAAGAACUGCCUCACCUCAAACACAGGACAGCUGUUGGGUGGAAAGUCCCGCUGAUCAUCGGUAUUGUAUUCGCAGCCGUUGUUGUGCUUGUGGUUCUCAUAAUACUUUUGCCUGUGAAAUCUCCACCCGAAUCCAAGCUGCCUCAUGUCUACACCCCAACCCAGUUAAGUGCAAAACCCGCCCCGGUGCCUGCUGCCCAGAUGGCUGGGUCGGGUUUAGAGGAAAAUGCUAUUAUUUCUCUGAUACUGAGGGGACCUGGGACUCCAGCCAGAGCCUCUGCUCUUCACUCAAUGCCUCCCUGGCUAAGAUCGACACUGAAAAAGACCUGGACUUCAUUAUGCGAUAUAAAGGCAUCUCUGAGUUCUGGAUUGGCCUAAAGCGAGUAUCGGUGCAGCUGUGGCACUGGGUAAAUGGUGAACAGUUCAACAACCUGUUUACGGUAAGAGGAGAAGGCUACUGCGUGUACCUGAGCGAUGACUUUGCGACUUUGUUGUGGUGCUCCACAAAGCGCUACUGGAUCUGCAGCAAACCUGAUGGAAUGCGAAGGAAGGACAAGGACCAAACAUUAAAAGAUGUACAUGAAUAUCAGCCUCCAACUCAACUCCAGUACACGACCCAACAUCAGUGCAGUCUUAAUGCUUUCUUUUGUUAUUAUGUCUUCCAGAAAAGAUCAAUUCCUUCUUUAAGACUUUCAGGAAAAAGAUGUGUCUGCAAGAAGGCACAGUCAGAACACCAACCAGUUCAGGAUAAAGAGCAAACAGUUCAGGAGCAUGUACAUUCAAACCAGAGAUGCCAGAAGAGGUCCAGCAGUGGAAAUGUGACGUGUCCAUUUUUUGCAGAGCCAGACAUGAUGUUAAUCAAAUAUACAAUCAUGAAACCCAGGAAGGAUGACCAGCAAGACUCUUUGGAAGAUGAGCACGGGGAGGCCAAUGAAGAACUGUACCUGAAAAGCCAAAAUCUCUUUAGGACUCAGGACUCUGAAGCCAGCCAGAUAGAAGAUAACCAAAGAAAAGAAAGAUAUGCAGGAACGAAGAAUGAGAAAACAACAGAUAAAAGAGGAAAGAUCAACAAAGAGAAGACAUGUCAAAAAUAA